AUGCACCCGGGCCCAGGCAGGGGCAGGGUGUUCCCCGCAGUGACCACAUGUCCGGGCCCCGUGUCCUCCCAGGGGCGGCCUCGGGUCGGGGUGGCGGCCGCUGGGACCGUGGGACUCCGGCCGGCCCCCCACGGGCGUGUAAACACAGGAAUCACACCCCGGGGAGCCGCGGGCGGGAGCGUGCACGUGCCGAGGCCCCGCGGCGACGGCCGGCGCCGUGACGUCAUCGGCAGGCGCCGCGCGCCAGGCUGCAGCCGGAAGUGCCGCGGCCCCGACCCACGUGCGGACCCUCCCUCAGCCCGGCGAGCGGGGCGUCGGUCCCUGGCCCCGCCGCAAAGCCGCACCAUGAGCUUCGUGGGGUAUGAGGAGCUGAUCAAAGAGGGGGACACCGCCAUCCUGUCCCUGGGCCACGGGGCGAUGGUGGCGGUGAGCGUGCAGCGCGGGGCUCAGACCCAGACCCGGCACGGCGUCCUGCGGCACUCGGUGGACCUCAUCGGCCGCCCCUUCGGCUCCAAGGUGACCUGCGGCCGAGGGGGCUGGGUGUACGUGCUGCACCCCACGCCUGAGCUCUGGACCCUGAACCUGCCCCACCGCACCCAGAUCCUCUACUCCACCGACAUCGCCCUGCUCACCAUGAUGCUGGAGCUUCGGCCCGGCUCCGUGGUCUGCGAGUCUGGCACGGGCAGCGGCUCUGUGUCCCACGCCAUCAUCCGCACCGUGGCGCCCACGGGCCACCUGCACACGGUGGAGUUCCACCAGCAGCGGGCGGAGAAGGCGCGGGAGGAGUUCCGGGAGCACCGCCUGAGCCGCUGGGUGACCGUGCGCAACCAGGACGUGUGCCGCAGCGGCUUCGGCGUGAGCCACGUGGCCGACGCCGUCUUCCUGGACAUCCCGUCGCCGUGGGAGGCCGUGGGCCACGCCUGGGACGCCCUCAAGGUGGAAGGCGGGCGCUUCUGCUCCUUCUCGCCGUGCAUCGAGCAGGUGCAGCGCACGUGCCAGGCGCUGGCGGCGCGCGGCUUCUCGGAGCUGAGCACGGUGGAGGUGCUGCCGCAGGUGUGCAACGUGCGCACCGUCAGCCUGCCCCCGCCCGACCUGGGCGCCGGCCCCGCGCCCGACGCCGGCCCCUUCCGCAGCGGCACGCCCAUGAAGGAGGCCGUGGGCCACACCGGCUACCUGACCUUCGCCACCAAGACCCCGGACUAG